CUGUGAUAAAGAGGCUUAUGACAGAUGUUCCUUUUGGAGUUCUUUUAUCAGGGAGCCUAGACUCAUCCUUAGUUGCCGCAGUUGGUGUCCGUCAUUUGAAAGAGGCCAAUAUUGCUAAACAGUGGGGAGCACAGCUCCAUUCCUUCUCCAUCGGUUUAAAGGAUUCCCCUGAUUUAAUGGCCGCAAAAGAAGUUGCCCAAUUUCUGGGCACUAUACAUCAUGAAUUUAAUUUUUCUGUGCAGGACGGUAUUGAUGCUAUUGAGGAUGUCAUCUAUCACAUUGAAACAUUUGAUGUCACCACUGUGAGAGCAAGCACACCCAUGUUCUUAAUGGCUCGCAAAAUUAAGUCUCUUGGCGUAAAAAUGGUUCUCUCUGGGCAAGGAGCAGAUGAAAUAUUUGGAGGCUAUUUGUAUUUCCACAAGGCUCCAAGUAAAGAAGAGUUCCACCACGAAACAUGCCAUAAGAUCAAAGCCCUUUAUCUGUAUGAUUGCCUGAGGGCAAAUAAGGCAACAGCAGCAUGGGGUGUGGAAGUCCGUGUGCCUUUUCUAGAUAAAGAUUUUAUUAAUGUUGUAAUGGGAGUAGAUCCGCAGUGGAAGAUGGUGAGACCUGAUAUUGGGCGAAUUGAAAAAUGGAUUCUUCGCAAAGCUGUUGAUGACGAGGAGAAUCCUUUUCUCCCAAAGCAUAUCUUGUAUAGACAAAACGAGCAAUUCAGUGAUGGAGUUGGUUAUAAUUGGAUAGACGGCCAAGAGCAUGCAGCUAUACAGAUUACAGAUGCAAUGAUGACAAAUGCAAAAUAUGUUUACCCUGAUAAUACUCCACCAACAAAAGAAGCAUACUUUUAUAGGAUGAUAUUUGAAAGAUUUUUCCCUCAGAAUGCUGCACACAUGACAGUUCCAGCAGGGCCAAGUGUGGCUUGCUCUACUGCCAAGGCCAUAGAGUGGGAUGUAGCAUGGUCCAAUAAUCUUGAUCCCUCGGGCAGGGCUGCUUUAGGUGUUCAUCUCCCCCAUAAUCACAAAAAUAAUGCACAAGUAAAACUGUCAUCUGAUACUGAUAAUUUUAGUAAAACUAACAACCACACUGGUGAAAUUAGACAAGAAUUUGUCAGGAGUUAGAUCUUAGUGUAUCUGCUCACUCGCCUUGAGAGCAACAUUCCAACUAUUUGAUGACAAAGGAUCAAGGAAAAUUGUACAGUUUUAGCUACAUAGAGAGAGAGGCUUUUUUUAGCUUCAUUGACGUGUAAUAUAAUAUUCAGAUUGAAGUUAUAGGAGAAUACGAUGCAGCUUAUGAUAUAAAAUUGGAAAUUCAUUCCCAGCAGAAGCGCCCUUCUAUUUGGCAUUUGUGAUAUCAGUGAAAAGUUUCUAAUAAAAGUUG